GGCCCUCCAAAUGGCGGCAUGGACGCACGCGUUCCACAAAAUCAUUCUUCCCGAAAGAGUUCCGAACGAAAUCAAGCCUCGACACAGUGGGACGGCGUGGCCUACAUUUCCACUAAACUGGACUAGAUCGUAAGUGAAAUCUUCGCGUCCGCGUCAACUCGUCUGGGCGCACGCCGAAGCUUCUUUGGCUUAACUUCGCUUGCUAGCUGCGAACAAGUGGACGUGUUUGUUCGCUCGUAAGCGAUCCGGUGAGCGUAAAGUGUUGUGAUUGACGCGUGAAAAUGCGUGCAAGAAAGGCGGCGGAGGACAAGGAGGAACUUGGUGGGACUCAAGACGACACGGAGCCGCGACGUCACCUUUGCAAGUUGGAACCUCGAAUUGUCUUACGCCGAGCAGAGCUGAAAGAAGAAGAUCUUGGUCCUGAACAGCAGAGGCCAGAUUCCCCCCAAAUUAAAGAGGAGGAGGAGCCAAAUUCCGCCCAAAUUAAAGAGGAGCAGGAGAUAGGGCCACCUCGCAUUAAAGUAGAGGAGCGGGAGGAUGAAAUCACUAAAUUUCCAUUGACUGGUGUCAGUGUGAAGAGUGAACAAGGUGAUGGAAAAGAAGACGGUGGAAGAUCACAAACAGAUGCCUUUUUAGCUUCCCUUUUGGAUGAUGACGCCGUCACAUCACAGUCUUCCGACACUGAUGAUGAUGAACACUCGAAAGGUGAUUUGACGUGUGGCACUGCCAACAAAAGAGUGAAAUGUUCUCUGUGUGACAAAUCUUUUGUCAGCAAGUUAUCCUUAAAAAGACACACAAGAACACACAAUGGAGAAAAACUUUUUGCCUGCUCAGUUUGUGGGAAAAGAUUCAUUCAGAAGGUAGAUUUAACAAGGCACACAAGGACACACACUGGGGAGAGACCUUUUGCCUGCUCAGUUUGUGGGAAAGGUUAUUCCCAGAGAUGGACUUUAACCGCUCACACAAGAACACACACUGGAGAAAAACCUUUUGCCUGCUCAGUUUGCGGGAAAAGAUUUGCUCAAAGAUGGACUUUAACCACCCACGUGGGAAGACACCCCGGGGACAGACCUUUUGCCUGCACAGUUUGUGACAAAAAGUUUCCCACAAAGGGAAAUUUAAGACUACACGCAAGAACACACACUGGGGAGAAACCCUUUGCCUGCUCUGUAUGCGGGAUGAGAUUCAGACAGAAGGCACAGUUAGAAGAACACACGAGAACACACACUGGAGAAAAACCUUUUGGCUGCUCAGUUUGCGGUAUGAGAUUCACUCAGAACUCCAAAUUAACGAGGCACGCAAAAAGACACACUGGUGAGAAACCCUUCAGUUGCAUAAGGUGCGAGAAAAGAUUCUCUCGUAAGGACCAGGUGAAGAUGCACAAGUGCGCUCGGGAGAGGAGCAGUGGUCAAUGAAGCCGCAAAAUAAAUGGAAGCAACUGCAGCUGCGUUGAGAAUCACUGACUGCUUCCCUUCUCACCUUUUGAGCAGGGGUCUCCCAUCGCCGCCCGUGUCACUCAGGCAGUCUCCAGCCCCCGCCCCACCCCCAAAAUCAUGCGUUCCAAAAGCAGAAGACACGGAUGUUAUUGAAGCUCCAUCAAAGUGAAUAUAUUCAUGGGCGGGUCUUGUGCUGCAAAUUCGAGGUAUCCCAAAAAAACAAGCUGUGGACUUUAUUCGUGACGAAAGGCACUUUGGUGCAGAAAAUCUCCAAAGAGGAGGAACGCAUCGAUACAAAUCGAUACAAAUCGGCAAAGCAUCGCUGACCUUCAACGAUAUUCCAGAUGGUGGAAUCUCAGCCUCUCUGGGCUUAAAGAAUCACUUGAAGCCCUUUGUGACUUUCUUGGAGCAUGAAUAAUCAAAGAGUCACCAAGAAGAAAUGCGGCAUCGUGUUGAGUUGAUACUGCGACAUUGUGUGCUGAGCUGCAAAUCAAGUGGAUGG